AUGGUCAACGGCACUACAACGGUGUUGGAGCCGACUUAUAUGGGAUAUGUCGCGACUACUAACGACGCUUUAAUCCUGUUCGAGGCCUGCUUGACCGGUGUUCUUCAUCAUGUGCCCCGUCGACCGCACGAUCGCGAACGCGGCCAUCUGGUCCGCAGCGGCAGCGUGUUUAUCUACGAGGAGAACUCAUCGGGGAUCAAACGGUGGACGGAUGGAGUGACCUGGAGCCCCAGUCGAAUUUUGGGCAACUUCCUGGUGUAUCGGGAGCUCGAAAAGCCAUUUCCACCGGGGGAAAAGAAGCGAGCAAUGAAGAAGGCGAACCGACGCCCCGUGCCUUCAAGACCCGGCGAACCCUACCCGCGACAGGAAGGCAACGGGACGGGCUAUUCUCCGCCAGCUACGGCAGGCUCUUUUGGGGAAAGAUCGCAGCAGAGUGAGAUGGAGCGAGCGCUAGUGGGGUCCCUGGUGGAUUCGUACGGCUUCAAGGAUUCGGGCUUGGUCAAGAAGACAAUGAGCGUGACUGUUUCCGGCGUUACGCACCAUCUUGUUUCGUAUUACAGCGUUGAAGAUGUGUUGCGGGGGGCUUUGAGUCCACCAUCGAUGGUCGAGUCAUUGCGCUUCAUCCGACCUCGUCCAGAGCUUACGCAGAAACAAAGCUUCCGGGCUCCGAUUGAUGAUUUGGAAACGGGGACUAUGGAGAGUCCCAACGAUCCGUCUCACGCUCUAUAUGGGUAUCGUCCUCAGCUGGUAGCCCCCCCAGGAUACGCACUCACAAACCCUCCUCACCCGGAAUUCUACAUGCACGCAGCAGCACCUUAUGCUGCAACUCAUCCUCCACAGUCCGCGAACAUCACCGGGUAUUCCAUGCCAGGGUCGGUACCUGCAGCUCAAGCACCAAACCCAUAUCUGCCCGCUCCUUCGGCACCGACUCAGAUCCCUCAGAAACCGGACGACUAUGUUCACUUUCGGGCCCCAUCACAAUACGGAGCCGGAUUUGAUUCCCUCGCCCAAAACUCUUUAUCAUCCUCCAUUCCGUCUGCACUCAGUGCGACUAUGCCGAGUUCGUUGAGUGACCGGAAUCGCUCCCAGUCGGAACAUAGCCCAUCGGCGUAUCGAAACUCUUCGAUUUCAUCGCGCAGCAUUGCAACAGAUGCGACUUCUCCAAUGGAUCCUGCCACCCCCGCCACAUAUUCGCGCGCAAGCUUUAGUUUAGGGAGUCAAAUGGAUGCGUCAUCUCAUCAUUCGCCCCUGGAACAACGCGGCAUGUCGGCAUUUGAUCCCAGCAUUCCACGUCGGGAGUCAAACCCCAUACCCACACCUUACUAUGGCGGAAAUGACAGGCCUCAGUAUUACAUGAAUGCUACAACUCCAGCGGCCCAUGCAAAUUAUCCAGUUUCGACAUGGACAACGGCUGCUCCAGCUCAACCACAAGUAUAA